UGAUUUGCUCCAUGCUGUAAAUCUAAGUUCAACCUCGCUCUACAAAAUGGUACCUGAAGCUUCUCGAAAGACUUCAUUACAAGAGAGUUAUUUACAAUCGAACAGUAGCUAUGUACCGUUUGAAAAGGAUCUGAUGAAGCUCUACUCUACCCUUACUUCUUACAUCAUUGAAGACAAUGGAUCUCGACUUAUGUGUUCAAAAGUGGAUGGACGGCUUUCUGUAUCCCCAACGCUAGAUGUCAUACCUAUGGAUGCAGAGGAAGUGUGUGAUAUUGUCUUGGUUAUAGGACGACUCGAUAUCGAUGGUCUGAACUAUAUCCUCUGCGUCACCAGUAGCACCGUAGUAGCUGAGUUGAGCGAUGUUCGGGGGAAAUAUCCCAUUCACCGCAUCGAUCAUGUGAAAGCCAUUUUACUCGAUCCUUCAGUAAGUUUGGACGCUUUACCUGCUACUGGAGUUCCGACUGAUUCUUCUGCACAACGCUUGAAGCAGAGCACUGGAAAACUGCUGAAAUUUGUGCAGGAUAAAAUCGGUAAUGUGCAGAGACCCUUUGCUUUGCUCGAGGAAAUAUUACGCUUAUUUAAUGACAGUCCCGGUUUUUACUUUUGUUUUGAAAGAGACAUAACACAAUGCACUCAAAGGCAUUUUUCUAACACCCUUGAUUCUGAUGAGCGAUUUUUCUGGAACAAGUUAUUGUUACGGGACUUGUUGGAGGAGACAGAUAAGAAUUUAGCCAAAAAAUGGGCUGUACCUAUAAUACAGGGAAGUGUACGAUCUGAUACGCUUACAGUCACAGAUGACCCGGAGAUGCACACUUCUUUAGGAAUAACAUUGAUUUCACGACGAUCUGUGCAUCGUGCUGGAAUGCGCUACCUGCGAAGGGGAAUCGAUAGUGAUUCAAAUGUUGCAAAUUUUGUUGAAACGGAACUAAUAUUGCACAUUUUCGAUCACAAUCUGUCAUUUGUCCAGAUACGUGGGUCUGUACCAACUUUUUGGAGCCAAAGAGGUUAUAAAUACCGUCCCCCUCUUACUAUUGACCGUCCGCUUGAAGAAAGUAUGCCGUAUUUCACAACACAUAUGCAGUCGCUGAUAGAACAUUAUGGAUCACCUUUGGUCGUCGUGAAUCUUGUCGAUCAAGCUGGAAGGGAGCUGAAGUUAGCCAGGAGUUUUGUAGAGCAUGCUGUGAAAUUUAAUUCGUCUGACUUGCACUUCGUUUCAUUUGAUCUUCAUCGUCAGUGUCGCGGCUUGAAAUUUGAUAAGAUUAAUGAUCUCAUUUCAAGACUACAUGAACUAUUAGGAGAAAUUAGCUAUUGCUGGGUGGACAAAACAGGUGAAGUUGUAAAAACACAACGUGGCGUGGUGCGAACCAACUGUAUAGACUGCUUGGAUCGUACGAAUUUAGUGCAGGGAGCGAUAUCACAAUGGGUUUGCAUGCAGCAAGCGCAGCGGCUAGGUUUGUUCGGUCCACUAUGUGAACCACCCGAGGCUUUGGUUCUCUUGCUGCAAAACAUGUGGGCCGACAACGGUGAUGUUAUCUCGACACAGUAUGCUGGGACUGCAGCUUUGAAAGGAGAUGUCACUCGAAGCGGUGAGCGACGAUUUACUGGAAUUAUGAAAGAUGGCUAUAACAGUGCAUCGCGUUACUACCUCUCCCACGUGCGAGACUCAUCUAGGCAGAAAGCCAUAAACGCCUUGUUGGGAAAGAAAGAUCAAGGCAUGGAGUCAAUGCUGGAAGCGGACUCAGAUUCGGAAGAAGAUGAAAAUGUCGGUCGGCUUGUAGCUGAGACUGUACAUUUUCUACUUCCUGAAGGAGAGGUUGUUGUAGGAGGUUGGGCUUUGUGUGACCCACAACGGAGCAGCGAUGCAGCUGACGCUAUAGUUCUGCUGACAAGGACGAAAUUGUACAUAGCUGUAUAUGACGAUGAUGUCGAAAGACUUGCUGAUGUCAAGAUUGUUCCUCUGGAGGAUAUCAAGUCGAUAGAGAUCGGCCGCCCAUCCCGCUCAGGUCGUCUGUACUUGCGAUUGAGCACUAUAAACGAAAGUUGGACCCUGUGCGCGGGAAAAACUCGCUUAUUCAACAAUGUUGCCAUACGACUGAAAAGCAUUGAGGAAGCUAACGAGUACGCAGAGUCAAUCGCGGAGCAGAUUUGCGUCACAAUCAAACUGUGCAUUGACAAAGACGUACCCGUGCAUAAUGUGGAGCGCAUGUCACUUCCAAAAUCAUCUACAGCUGCUAGGAAAGCUCUGACAUCUGUUACCGCGGCACUGAAAAGUCGCAUGUUUAAACCGUCCCCUCGGAUGAACGCCACCAAAUUAAACAACAAAAAUCUGGAAGCUGAAGGUCAAACUGCACCAGCGGUAAUGGUAGAUUUCGAUUCGAUCGACGCAUCGGAUAGCAGUGAACAAGAUCCGCGCGACUUUCUCGAUGAUAUGAACUCUAAUACUGCUGUAGCCACUUCUGCCAAGGUUUAUUUUUUCAAAUCAAUGAAGAACAUUGGAUCAAUGCUGAAAAUCGGAUGCAGCUGCAGACGAGCGCGAAUAUCUCUGAGAUGUCUGGUCACGGUGAAUGGGAUAGUAGUUUCCACAAAGAAGCCUUAUUCCAGUGGCAACAAUCAUUCCUGCUCGGAUGGAGCUUCUACCUCAAAAGGAGAGCAGCAUCACACUCUGACACAGGUUAUAGCCGCAGCAGAGCAGUCACAGUGUCUUCCUUUGACAAGAUCAGAAGUCGCAGAAAGGCUCAAAAAACAUCGAAUUAGCUUUGAGAAGGUAGCUCAUGGAAAUUUCCUUCUUACGGACUGUGUAUAUUGCGAAUCAAAACAUUCUUGUUUCAUUUCUGGCAUCGACAAUUCUGUGAGAUGUGUGGUCUGCCACGAGCUGACUACCUUAGAAGAGUUUUUGUCAAGAGCAAGCACAGUAACAUCCUUCGCAGAUAGGCGACCAGCAGAAGAGAGAAUGUCUGAAGCAAAGCGACUUUUUCUCAUGGAACACCCAGAAGAUGUUGAUCCUGAUCUGUAUGACCAGACCAAUUUGAAGUCGUUUCUGGACGAAAACAAAGCGCCAGACAAAGAAUUUUACAAUGAAGAAAUCGGCCAUCCAGAUAUAAAAGAAUGCGCAAAGUUUCCGAUUGAUCCUGUAAUCCAUAGUCUAUGGCGAAACAGUUUGGAUAUCAACGAUUUGGCUAUUGUGGAGCAGAAUGAUAUGAAAUUCCUUCUCAAUAUUCUUGGUAUCGAUCGAAUCUCAUCUGAAACAUUAUCUCGCUUCAACAUCCGCGGUCACGUGGAUAAACGGAAUCGAGCGUCGAUUCUAUAUCCAAGGUAUGGCAACCACACGUCUUUGAAUGCAGUUCCAGUUGGAUUGAAAGUUAUACGAAGAUCUGACAAAGUUCUCGAAAAAGAAGUAUAUCCGAAUGCAAGUCAGUUCUGCGGCAUUUUUGGCUAUCAUUUGACAACCUCUGCGGACCGACUUGUAGUGUUGACUACUAACGAACGCGAUGCUCUUGCCGUUUACGAUGCCACAGGAGGAGUGUUGACGUUCGCGUUACCUCAUGGUCGUCGAGUUGAUCUUCAAACCCUCCCCUAUCUCGCAAGAUUUGAACAAAUUUUUUUGUGGUUUCCUCCGCAACAUCAGGAUUUUGCUAGGGAAUGGGGUUACAGACUUGACGACGUCCGAUGCAGGCUCAUAACCACUACCGAAAGACCAGUAGAACUAGUGCGUAAUGGAAAGCAGAAAGAUGUCAGGCUUAUCAUUGCACACGGAGCAGCACGUCUACGUGAAAGAGGAUUCAUAAGUGCAAGUGAUAUCCGCGAUGAAAUCAAAUCCGAUUUGGUCUACUCUAGUGUUCGUCAGAACGGUCUUGCCCAGUGGAAGCGAUUUGCUCCACUCAAUAAGUACCUCCAAGGUCUUCGACCCAGAGAGCUCACUGUGCUUACGGGAGGGAUUCGGACAACAUUCUGCAGUUUCGAGAUGCCAGAAGUAAAGAUAUUGAAAUGGAUGCUGGUGCAGUUCGCCGGCGUACCCCUCUAUCGCUCUGAUUAUGGCAGCAGCGUUGAUGUAUGGUUAGAUAGAUUCGAAAGGACCAAAGGACCUUUGACAAUAAUGAAGACGAGCGACUUUAGAGAAAAGAGCGUAACACAGAUAGCUGAAGUGAUCCGUAACUAUGUGAUUAACAGUGGUUGUCAGCAUUUGGUCAUAGACAACCUGCAAUUUCUCGUAAAUCAAUCGACAACGUACAAGGAGCAAUCUACAGCCUGGGAUCGGUUUUAUGCACAGGAUCGUUUUGUUGGACAUAUGCGAUCCUUGGCAACGCAAACUGGAGUGCAUGUGACUAUGGUGGUGCAUCCCAGGAAAACCGAUGCAGAUACUGACCUAGAUAUCCAACAUUUUGGGGGUUCAGCGCGCGUUACACAGGAAGCAGAUAACGUCCUUGCAUUGCAGAGGCGACGUGAUGAAAAUGAUCGAGGAAAGUUUAGAAAAUUUCUGUAUAUUCUGAAAAACCGCUAUGGAGGUAGUAAGGUUGAGACAGAUCAAUUGGAAAUGGUUUUUCAUCCUGAAACUUAUUGCCAUACAAUCAUUGACCAUAAUUCCGUAUCAUAGCAUUGCCAUUGUACUCUUUCGUACCUUGUCUGGCUAUAUUUUUGUAUCCGUGAAUGUUGGCUAUCGAAUCUCUUUGUAUAUAUUACCCAGUGUUAUACGUAUUAAGACACAAUCUAUUGCAAUCGAUUUCUUUUGACUGCCAUCAUAUUACUAAAAUCUGUAAAACAUAAAGCUAUG